UUUGCCCUAACAAAGCAGAUGUGCGCAAAUGCAUUUCCUCCUUCCUCCUCCGGGAAGCGGCAAGAGGUCGUAAAACUGCACGAGGAAGAAAAAAAACCUCAGGCUGCCCACUUCAUAAACACGAGGGUGGAUGAUCUCCUUUGGGGCAUCCAGAGAUGGUUUACUACUUUCAUGAGCUUUGUAAAUCUGUUUACUGACAGGGUUAUACCUUGCGUAUGUUUUCUCGCAUUGUGGCCACAGAACACGCUCUAUGGAAAGGUCGACGUUUUGACCUUUUGCCGUGACAUUGUCACUUACGGAAGGUUCUUCCUUUUUCGAAUGGCACACGCGUAUACGUUAAUUAAAGCAUCUAUGCCACCUCGUGCUUUCCACAAACUACCCGGGCCAGCCCACCAUCUUCAGGUUCCGGGGUAG